ACUUAACUUGCGCAGUUAUCUAUUGACAGCCAAGACUGGAUGGUCACAUUCUGGUUCCAAAUGUCUUUUCUGAUGACAUUUUGUACUUUAGUCGUCAGAGUAUUAUGUGUGCCCUUGAACCUGCUGGAAGCCGUGGGCUUGUACAAACUCUACAAACAUGUCGCUCCGUUUUGCCUGUAUCAUGUCUCCAAGCUGUACAACAAGAAGAUGCACGAAAGGAAGAAGGAGCUGUUCGCGUGCCUGUCUGAGUUCAAGCAACCCGGACAGCAGCUCACCAUCUUGGAGGUCGGCUGCGGCACCGGCUCCAAUUUCAGAUUUUACCCGGCUGGUUGCAAGGUGAUCUGCACGGACAACAACGUGCACUAUGUGAAGUACCUGCAAAGGAACAUGCUCGAGAACCCCCACAUCACGUAUGAGAAGUUUGUGGAGGUCUCAGCGGAGGACAUGCGCUCGUUUGAGGAUGGGUGCGUGGAUGUGGUGGUGUGCACGUUGGUGCUCUGCUCGGUGGACAAUGUCUCGCAAAGUCUGAGGGAGGUGCGUCGCGUUCUGAGGCCUCGUGGAGCCUUCUUUUUUCUCGAGCAUGUUGUCGCAGAGCCGUCGACGUGGACGUAUUUCUUCCAGCACGUCCUGAAGCCUGUGUGCUACUACAUUGGUGAUGGAUGUCAGGUCACCCGGGCAACAUGGACACAUCUGGAAUCUGCCGGCUUCUCUGACCUCAAACUAAGACAUAUGAACGCGCCACUCAUCUUCUUCAACAAACCACACAUCAUGGGUUAUGGAGUAAAAUAGAUUUAUGGCCCACUCACCUGACACUUGAGGCCACCUCUGGUCCAUAGUGCUGAUCGCCAAGGCACUUCUGAUGCUCAUUUUAUUUUUCUAGUCAAGGGAUUCAAAGCACAUUUCAUUUUUAAUAGGAACCCUGCUCAUUAAUUUGCGUCUAACACAGGUCUUGAUAAAGUAUCUUUUGUUGGA